AUGUCAGUAAAAAUAGACAUUCCACCUAAAAACAAAAAAGUAAGCAUUUGUCCGACCAUUAGAGGCAGAAUAAUUUCACCGGACGACAAAAAAUAUUGGGAUGGCUAUUUUAGAAUGGAGGAUUUAAAACUUUUAGCAACUAAAAAAGGUUCUUUAUCGCCUUCCAAAACUGCCAGUCUGAUGAUACGGGUUCGAUUCCCGUUACUCGCUCCAUUAACCGGCGGAUAUGGCGAAGUGGUUAACGCACCAGUUUGUGGAACUGGCAUUCCCAGCAACAAUAUUGUCCUCGAACCUUUUGCCGGUUCGAACAACCUAAUUAAAAUGCUUCAAAAUGAAGGUUGUGAUUUCAAUUUUGUAUCCUACGACAUAAACCCUAACUCGCCGGAAAAUUCCGCUCACCGCAAAAAAAUCGAAUUUCCGACUACUAAAUACGAUGACUUAUAUAAACUCUGUUUAGAAAUAAUGUUAAAAAACUGCGACUAUGUCGGAGCAAUUAUUCCUGCCUCUUUUAUUAAUGCUGAUUUAUUCCUUGAAAGAUUACAUUCUUAUACUCUGUUAAGUAGUCAAAUGUUUACCGACACCGAAAACCCAGUUUGUUUGGUUUUAUUCUCACCCCAAAAAACUAACUCGAUUUAUCUCUACGAAAAUGAUAAGCAUUUCGGAGAACUAUAUUCACUAAAAAAGCAGGUAGAACAAAUUUUAACUAAUAAUAAAUCUCAACCAACCUCUAUAAAUUUUAACCACAAAAAAGGUAAUUUAGGACUACGAGCCAUUGACGGAACUCGUUUUCCCAGCAUUGCCUUUAUUGAAGCCAGCCAAGUGCCGGAAAACAAAAUAAAAGUUAGUUCACGUCAUUUAACUCGGAUACAUAUCCCCCAACAAGUUAAUUUAAGUUUGCUAAAUAAAAAACUAAAAGAAUUGCGGGAAAUAACUAACGACUUUUUUUUAACUCCUUUUCGCGGUUUAAGAAAAGAUGGCAAAUUCCGUCGUCGUUUAGACUUUCAACUAGCCAAAAAAAUUAUUAAAUCUUCAAAGAAUAUCGCACUAAAAUUGAAAAAUGAUGCCAAAAAUAUGGACCCUAAAAAACAAAACAUUUAUGAAAUUUUGCUAGCCCAGUAUAUUAGUUCACUGAAAUUUGUUUCGGAUUUUCAGAAGUUAAACAAUGGCGGGAAAAAUGCCCUUUAUAUCGACCGUGGGGUUAUUCGGAAAGGAAAUGAAUAUCCGCACGAUAAACCGGCUAAAUCGUAUAUUGAGGAAAACGGAGGAGCCCAAGAUAAUCAAUUUAACGAAAUUAAGAAAUGUAUCGAAGUUAGUAGGAAUGGUAGUCAGGAACCAAAUAGACGGGUUAUUUUCGUUUGCGAUGGUGUUCUUUUGCGAGAGGAACAGCAAAAAGACCAAGAAUUACUGCGGCUUUUAACCACAAAACAAAUACCCUAUCAAUUACUUAGCAAAGAAAAUUUUUCCCGAUACAGUUUUGACAAAAAAAAUCAAGGAAUAGUUGCUUUUAUUCAUAGUUAUAAUUAUGUAUCGCUAUCUUCCUUGUUGUCACAACCACCGCAACGAAAAAUUCCCCUAAUUGUUAUGCUCGAUUCAAUUGAAGACCCCCAUAAUUUUGGAGCAAUUUUGCGAACUUGUGCUGCUUUAAAAGUUGACGGAAUAAUUAUUGCCAAAAAAAAUCAAGUGCCGGUCAACAGCACCGUAGUUAAAGUUUCAGUGGGGGGGGUGGCUUAUGUGCCGGUUUGUCAAGUCAGUAAUUUGGGAGAGGUGGUGAAUGAAUUAAGAAAAAAAGAUUACCAAAUUAUUUCUGCUGUUUGCGAACCGGAUUCCCAAGCCUAUGGUAAAUUCAAUUUUGAUUUUCCGACUUGUCUAAUUUUUGGCAACGAACACGAAGGAAUUAGAAAAAAUUUAAUUAAAAAAAGUGAUUUCUCCCUCUAUAUACCAAUGGGUAAUAAUAUGGCUUCCUUAAAUGUUUCGGUAAGUUGUGGCAUUAUCCUAGCCCAUGCCAUUUUACACUCUGGCAGAAAAGAAGAAAACUAA